CUAGCAUACGAACAUCUUAACAAGAGCAGCAGGAAAAUCGAACAACUUUCUUUUUCCCCUGCAUUGUGUGUGUGCAUGCAAAAACACAAAGUGCGCAAAAUAGCUUAAUUCAGCUAACCGACUUGACUCGAACGUGGAUAAAUUGGCUUGCGGCACCGACGCUCCGCCAACCGUCAGCCGCCCCCGCAAAAAAAUUGCCAAAAACACCUACGCGCAGGCAAUUAAGACCGUGUGAUAUUGUGUGCGUGAGCUCGCGAGUGUGUGUGUGCGUAGUACUGCUGGGCAGUAAACAUUUUCUGGUGAAAAUCGGGGGAAAAUGAAGAAAAUCCUGUCCAAGUUUGAGCGCAAUGAAAACUCGCGACUGGAGAAUCCGCCCAACAGCAGCAGCUCGUCGUCCUCGAACGAAAAAAACAGCUUUGUGGGCAAGGUCUUCACAGUGGGACGCGUCACGGUCACCGUGGAGGAUGUCCUGGCAGAAGGUGGUUUCGCCAUGGUCUUCUUGGCCAGGGGCAAUGGCGGCGGAAGCUCUUCGGCGACCAAGUACGCCCUGAAGCGAAUGUACGUCAACAAUGAGCACGAUCUGAAUGUAGCCAAGCGCGAGAUACAGAUUGCGAGCAACCUGAGUGGGCACAAGAAUAUCAUCGGUUAUGUGGACUCGAGCAUUACGCCUACCGGGAACGGUGUGUGCGAGGUGCUCCUCCUGAUGCCAUACUGCAAGCAUCACAUGCUGGCCAUGAUGAAUGCAAGAUUACACGUUGGCUUCACGGAGCCCGAGGUGCUCAACAUAUUCUGUGAUAUUGCCGAGGCGGUCUCCCGAUUGCAUUACUGUCAGACCCCGAUCAUCCACCGCGAUCUUAAAGUGGAGAACAUCCUGCAGACGGACGCUGGCAACUUCGUUCUCUGCGACUUUGGUUCGGCAACGGCUAAGACGCUUAAUCCUCAGCAGCACGGAGUAACAGUAGUCCAAGAAGAGAUCCAGAAAUAUACCACUCUUUCUUAUCGAGCUCCCGAGAUGAUUGACCUGUAUGGAGUAAAGAGCAUAACCACCAAGGCGGACAUCUGGGCACUGGGUUGUAUGCUCUACAAGCUGUGCUUCUUUUCCUUGCCUUUCGGGGAAAGCACACUUGCCAUUCAGAAUGGUCAAUUCUCCAUUCCCGACACCUCGAAGUACUCGAAGGGCAUGCAUCAACUGAUUAAAUAUAUGUUGGAUACGGAUAUGGAGAAGCGUCCAAACAUUUGGCAAGUCUGUGAGGUGGCCUUUCGAUUGGCUGGCAAGGAUAAUCCCGUUCAGAAUCUGCAUAAAACUCCCAUUCCAAACUUCGAUCUGCUGGUAGUUCCUCCGUUUGAAUCGGAGGCCAAGAGGAUCAGUGCAGCAGCAUCAAAGGCAGCUAAGGCUCAGAAUGUUUCUGUUGUUGAGGCGGGCACCAGUGUAGCUCCUCGGUCUCGGCCUAAGGGUUCAUCCUCGGUACAUGGAGGGAAUCCUUUGGGUCUCGGCUUGCCUCCAAGUCCCUCUCCAAGACAGAAUAUCACCUCCCCACAGCCUCAGCCUCAACCUGUGGUAGAACAGUUCCAGGCCAACUUCCCAGCCAUGCCACCAGCUGUUCCGCCAUCAUCACAGGCUGUAACUCCGGCAGCUCCUGUUGCUAAUAAUCUUUUCGAGACUAGCGGCUAUCCGGAUCCUUUUAAUGAGCCUGAUACGUCGACAAUUCCAGCUGAAUUUAUACCAGCAGCAGAAGAGCCGAGAAAGGAGGAAGUGCCUCAGGACACGAAUGUCACUGGUGGCACGCCUACAAAUAUGCUAACGCCUCCAAAACCUAGUGGAGGCGGUGGUCAUAGACGAAACGUUAGCGACACCUCGGCCUUUAAUAAAACGUUUGCCAAUGAGACAAGUCAGUUUCUGGCCCCCUUUAAUAAUAACUUGGCUGCCAUGGGAGAUGGUCCGCAGACAUUGGCCACAGCUGCCUCUAAUCCUGGGAUAUAUGCAACAGCAAACUCUGCCGUGGUCUCCAUUAGCGAAUUAAUGAAACCAGGACAAACGGCGAUGGAGAAGCAAGUAAAGGCCUGGAAUCCAUUCGAAGAAGAACAGCCAUUCAGUCAGAUGACCGAGGAUCAUAUCUUCGAGGCGGAAUUCGAUAAGAUCCGCCAAAGAGGAAGUCAAGGAAGUAUUACAGCUAAAUCGGCGUCCACAACAUCCACGCUAACGCCAACAGAACAGAAUCCCAUUGUGGCUCCUCCAGCUGCACCAGGAGCUGUUGCGCCUCCUCCUCCGAUCACGACCGCUGUAUCACCACAUCCGCCGCAAGUUUCGGAGGAUCCCUUUGGAUCGGCACCAUUCAGUUUGCCACCCGGACUGCGCGAGAAGGCAACAUCGCUGCGCAAAACCGGAGCGAAAUUCAUCGGCGUUUCCUCCGGCGGAUCAGGAGGAGGAGUGGUCACCCCCAUCGGCCUGGUGACAGGAGGCGUUAACACCGCCACCUCAUCCAAUUCUUCCAAGUGGCUCCUAUCCCCAACUUUGGAGGUUUCCAGCGAGGAGAAAACCUCGCUAAUCAGCAAACUAAAAACCGAUUCAGAAUGUGGUAUUCCAUGCGGUGCUGGAGGAGAAGGUGUCUCUGGUUAUGUUAAGCUUCCUUUGGAAGAUCGCAACAAGUACGAAAAGCUGCGCAGCAAGGAUCAACCCACUUCCGAUGAAUCUGACUCCGAGGGUUCCGAAUUUUUUCAACAGGAUAGCGAUGAAGGAGGUGGCGGCAUUUUCAAGCAGAUGCAGAUGGUGACUAGCAAUUUGCCAGAAACCAUUCACAAGAUCCAACAGGUGGCCUAUCACAAGGUGGACAAGACAGCCCAUCUGCCUAUAGUGAAGAAACUUCGUGACAAGACCAAGAAACCCACAUCAGCUGCCCAUCAGGCGGCCCAACAGCUGAAUCUCAUGGCUGCAGCUGUGGCUGCACAGGCUGAAGAAGCUGCCAAGGCGGUGGAAUCGGAUGGGGACUCUAUAGGAUCAGCCAGUGAUCUUCGGGCUGAGGAUGAUGACCUGUUUGAUGAGAAUCCUCGCCAGACCCAGGCUAAGUUACGCCGUCCUUUGCCAACAGAAAUGGAUGGUAUCAGCGAGUCUGUAAAGACCUGUAGCAGUUCUGCUUAUCAUGCUGAAUGCGAGAGUGUAACGACCCAUGAAGACGAUGUGCGGAGUAGGGUGGUAGUGAAGGUCCGAAUGAGGAAGAAGGACCGCAGUCUUGUAGCUGGCAACGGAGAUCCAAGUGCCCCAUCCGAAGAACUAAGCCCCACAUCCAGCGAUCUUCUGCACAAGUUCGGUGAUCGCCCACUGCUGCUGGAUGAUGAAUUGGACUAUGGUUCUGGGGAAAGCAAGAGCAGCACAGAAUCACCUUUAGCGGCACCUCUACCAACAAAUCCCGAGGUACUGGAAUCGGAGGAGGAUGUGUUUGCCAUGGCGCCUUUUAAGUUACCGGUGGGAAUUCCUUUGAAAAGGAAAAGUAAGCCCAAGACUAAACCUAAGCCGGCAGAGCCCGAGAUGUGGACGUCUACACCAGUAAAAGCUGCAGGAGCAGUGGAUCCUUCGACCAAUUUUGCCAGCUUUCCAGGGCAGAUCACGCCCACAAAUCAAGCGGGGAACUCCCCACAGCUAGACGAGUUCAAUGAACCAAUUUUCAAUCCAUUCCAGGAAAACUCACUGAAGCCGGAGGCGGUGGCGAAUAACCAAUGCGAUCUUUUCGGCUUGGAGCCAUUUCCACAGGUAAUUCGCACCAUCGAACAGAACCCUCAACACCACCAGAUCCACCACUUUCCCAGCCACAACAACAACAACAAUAACAAUGUGAUCAAAGUGCCCGCCUCCGUGUCUGUGUCUCUUCCUGCCUCCGUUCCCGUGUCCGUUUCUGUCAACUCUUCUGCCCCACAACAACUGGUGACCAUAAAUCACUCGAUUAUUAUCAACAAAACGCCGGAGCCACCGAUGAACUAUAAUAAUAAUAAUAAUAACCAGACGGUUAAGUCGUGUGGCACCAGCAGUGUCUAUGUAAAUGUGCCGUCUUAUGCCAGCGUUAGCACCAGUUCCUGCUCCAUUAAUCAGCCACAACCCUCACCAGCAGCAGCAGUUAUUCCAGUUCCGGCACCUGUUCCAGUUCCUGCCCCCGUUUCUGUUGCAAUUCCUGCUCCGAUUCCUGCGACCGUUACCCAUCUUCGUCCAUUGCUGCCCAUUGCCGAUAAUGCUUAUGUACAAAUCUCUCAAGAUCGCUGCUCCGAUUUCACACCGGACGACGAGGAGGAGCCCGUGGUGCUGCGUGAUGCCGAUGUGGUGGCAGACGGAAUCGGUAUACCUGCCCCUGGAAAGGCCAAGAAGGAGAAGUCCCAUCUGGCUGUGAGGGUUCUGCCGGGAAAGCUCACCCAGAAGGUGAAGGGGCACUCAUACAAGAAAGUUAGCGCUGCUGCUCUGGGAUCCACCAGUUCCCUGAGUUCCGGCAGCAAGCAGAAACACCAGCGAUUGCAGUACCAGUCCCACGACGAUGACGACGACGAACAGGAUCAGGAUGAGAAUCGAGGAGCUGGUGGCAGUCGCAAUUUCCAAUCCAACACCAUACAAAAUUCGGCGAAAACGGGUUUCAGUAACAUGAGUUUUGAGGACUUUCCCUCGGAUCAGGAAAUGGAUCGCCUGUCCAGGACCAUUCCUUUCGAAGUGGUUAGAAACGAAAAGAUGCUACUCGAGGCGGAGAAGAAGUUCGGUUCCCUGAAGAGGCGCAACAAUCUGUUCUCGUAAAUGGAAAAUAGGAAGCGAAAAAAAUUAUCAAGGAGACCUGAGACUGAGUGUUUCAAAUUAUUUUGGCAUUUCGUUUAAACUUUUCUCCGUUCCGUUUUUUGUAUGAAGCUUUCCAAAACGAAAAAAAAAACAAAACCAAUAACAAAUAUCUGUAUUUUUUGAGCCUAGUAUUUAUUCGCGUGUAGCAAUGUUGAAAAGUGGUUAAUAUUAUAUGUACACAUAUUAUACACACAACAAGAUCAAUACCUAUAACUGUAACUGUUAUUUAGUGCAAAAAUGUAAAAUAGAUUUAGAAGCGAGACAAGUUUUAGAAUUUAUACAACGCGUAAGUUUACCAAAGUUACAUUUAUGUUUGUGGCAUUUUUCAGCUUGAAAUAUUCCCUGAAUUAUUUAUUUACUAUAAACAAAAAACAAAACUAUGUGAUUAUACACCCAAUUUAUCAACUUAAACCAAUUGCAUUCACUAACACCAAGGUAUUUAAGGAUUAUUAAUUCUUUUCGUGUCGAUUAACAUACAAGUUUAUGUUAGUAUAUCCUUUGUUUUUGCAUAUGUAUUAUCUCGACUAUAUAAAAUAUGCGUAUUGUAUUUAUA